AUGCCUUUACCUAAAGAGUCUACAGUGCUUAUCGUUGGCGCAGGCCCAGCUGGUCUCGCGGCUGCUCUUUCGCUCAUCCACCACGGGUGUCGUGACUUCGUCAUUGUCGAUGCCGUAGUCGAAGGGCUGAACGUAUCACGAGCUAUCACUGUACACUCCGCAACUGUUGAGGCUUUAACUAGCAUCAAUGCGGCAGACGGUUUAUUAUCUCGAGCUAUCAAGGGAAAGGGCGUCAGAAUCACAUCCCGUAAAUCACAGCUUUUUGAGGGCAAAUUCGACCCUCUCAAGAAAUAUUCUGCUCACCCUUACACACUCCUCCUUCCUCAAAAUGUGACCGAGCUUGUGCUUGUGCAGAAGCUGCAAAGCCUCGGUGUUCGAGUACAGCGUCCACACAGGGUGAUUGGAAUGCAACAGAACGAGAAGGAUCCUCGCAUCACCGACGUCUCCUUUGAGGACGGUCAAGUCAUGAGGGCUAGAUAUAUCAUUGGCGCAGAUGGCGCCCACUCAAUUAUCCGUACCAUUGCUGGAAUAGGGUUUUCCAACCCAGAAGGUUCCAAACCAAGCAAUAACCUAUUGAAUCAAAUGGUCACUGCGGAUGUCACAUUCGAGCCCGAACCUGUUGGUCCACUAACCAUCGAGGGUCACAUCAAUAGCACAGUUUUCUCGGGCAAUGUCUUCAUGCUCGUACCAUUCGGCAACCGCUUCAAUGACGAGCUGACACGAGAUGGAAAGCCCAUUACAAAGCCCAUCUUUCGUAUAGCUUGUGCCAUGCCAGUGAAGAACGGAGAGUCGCUCCAUGCACCGCCGAAAGAGUACAUCCAGGACCUAAUCGACAAAUGCGGUCCAGCGUGUAUAUCGUCAGAUCUAUCCCUUAAUCCGACACCUGUUAAGAUUGACCAGUUGAUCUGGUCAGGUUGUUUCAAAACCUAUCCAGCUAUAGCUGAUCGCACCUUCACGCGUCUUGGCGCUGCAAUUUUCCUAGUGGGUGACGCAGCCCAUAUUCAUUCCACUGCAGGCGGCCAGGGCAUGAACCUGGGCAUCAGGGAUGCAAUAUUCCUCUCAGAGGCCGUCUCAAGGCAUAUCCGAGCAUCUGCAGAAAAUCCUGAUGUAGAUGACACCAUAUUACGACAAAUUGCUGAAGCGCGCCAGGCUCGAUCGUUGGAAACUCUCGGCUUCACAAAUAGUGUUUUGAAAAUCGAGAGCCUGACGUACGAUACAUUUACUUGGUGGAUACCGUUCAGUUUGGGCUCUUUCCGCGACGCCAUGCUAAGGCUAUUGGGUAAAUUUGAUUUCGUGCAGUCGGAGGUUGCGUGGGGCCUGAGUGGACUUGGAAGACGGUAA